AUGGACAGAGACAUUGAAACAUGGGUGACAACAUGCAAUAAAUGCCAGAAGUCCAGACCUACUUCCCCACUAGCACCGGUCCUCGACUGGGAGACACCAAGAGGCCCCUGGUCGAGGAUCCACAUAGAUUUCGCUGGACCCACAAAAGGAUAUACAUUUUUAAUCAUUGUCGAUGCCUACUCGAACUGGUUGGAAGUCAGCGUCAUGAAUUCCACGACAACUGAAGCCGUCACCAAACAACUAAGAAAACUUUUCGCCACGCAUGGGUUGCCGGAUUUGCUAGUUUCAGACAAUGGCCCCCAGUUCACAGCCUUAGCUUUCGAACAAUUCCUUGCAGAACAGGGCAUACGACAUGCCCUCACAGCGCCAGCUCACCCGGCUUCAAACGGAAGGGCGGAACGCAUGGUUAGAUAUACGAAAGAGGCAUUGGAAAAAAUUGACACAGGUGACAUUCAAGACAAAAUCAAUACAAUGCUCACAAUCCAACAUAUAAUGCCGAGCACAUCAACAAACAAGAGUCCAGCUGAACUUUUAAGGGGCAGAAAAUUGCGGACAUAUUUGGAUAGGUUGCACCCCACCUACAACCCUGAAAAGCCACCAGACUCUUCCAGGAAGUACCGCACAUUUAUACCAGGCGACCUGGUAUAUGCAAAAAAAUCUUACCGGAGACCCAUUGUGGCUACUGGCUACAAUAACGCAAAUAACAGGGCCCCGGUCAUACCGGUUGGAAAUGACGGACGGCAGAACCUGGAAGAGGCACAUCGACCAACUACGGUCUCGAACCAUCGAACGGAUCACCGACACGCCCCGAAGCACAGAACAUGCACUCACACAAAAUCCAAUAAAUAA